UGUACGUGCAAAAUGGCUGCGCAGGUCGACUUGCUCCGUAUUAAAGUAGAACAUAAGGUAAGGGACGGUCUUGAUAAAUUAGCCAAAGAAAAUAAGAAGAAAAAGAGGGAACUGUCACCGUCCGCGGAUAAACGCCAGCGUUCAUCCGAGGAGGCAAAGAAAGUAAAGCUCCAUCAUCAUCGCCACCACCAUGACCCACAACAUGUUCAACAGCAGCAGAAUGGCCAACCACAACCACGCAACUCCAGCGCCGAAAAACCUACAGUACAACGACAUCACCAGCACCAUCACCACCAUCAGCACAACAACACCAAUGGUGCAAAGAAGGACUCGCACCUGCAACCUCCUCUGCCUGCGCGGAAGGUGGUACCCGCAGCAGCCAAGUUGGAGAGGAAGAAAGCACUUCCCCUGGUUCUGCCGCCUGGAGUGUUCAAUUUCACGCCCCUCAAAGUGGCGGAGCCCAAGGCCAAGAUACAGGAGAACAAGGAAAAGCACAGGGAGAAAGAGCUCAAACUCAAACCUAAGAAGGAAAACACAGAGGAUAACGUAAAACAUGAAGUAGUCAUAUGUAAGAAAAAGAAAGAGCCCCAUCAUGAUGAGAACAGCAAGGCCCAGUCACUGGAGGAGUACCUGUUGAGGAAAAAGAAAAAGAAGCGGCGGCACCGUGAGGAUGAGCGUGGUAAGAGGAUCCGUACAUACAACAAGGAGGUCCAGACCGUGUACGGAGGUCUGACUGACCACAGUCCUUCAGCCCGCCUUGGCCCUGUGAAGGAGGGGAAACACUGCCAGCCUGGUACAGGCCACAACAACCACCUCACUCCUAAAGAGCUACACAGCCACAACCCCCCCCACCCCCCCUUCCUUUCCCCCCAAGACCACUUCAUCCGCAGCUCGUCUCUGCAGACAGGUACCGUCUACGGACGCUUCAUCCACGAGGAGCGCCAGGCCAAUGGUGGGGCAUCGGUUCUGCACGCUUACGCUGAUGAGCUGGCCUCUCUACGGCCGUGGGAGAUGGAGCGCUUCGCCCAGGAGUUCCUAGAGCUGGCAUUUGCUGAGAGACCCAGAGGGGCAGCCUGCUAUGCCCUGGCUGUGGUGCACAGGGCUGCUGCCUACCUACCUGACUUCCUGGACUACUUUGCCUUCAACUUCCCCUCCACGCCGGUCAAGAUGGAGAUCCUGGGGAAGAAGGAUAUCGAGACCACUACUAUCGCUAACUUCCACUCUCAGGUGGGGCGGACCUACUGCUCGGGGACGUACCGGGCCGGUCCUAUGAGACAGAUCAGUCUGGUCGGAGCCAUGGCAGAGGAGGUGGGGGACUACUUCCCAGAGUUCCUGGACAUGCUGGAGGAGUCCCCCUUUCUGAAGAUGACCCUGCCUUGGGGAAGUCUCUCCAACCUGAAGCUGGACUGUCGUUCCCAGAGUGAUGAUGGGCCCAUCAUGUGGGUCCGGCCGGGUGAGCAGAUGGUGCCAACCGCUGACAUGCCCAAGUCACCCUUCAAACGACGCAGGUCCAUGAAUGAAAUUAAGAACCUUCACUACCUGCCCAGGACCAGUGAGCCCAGAGAGGUGCUGUUUGAGGACCGAACCAGGGCUCAUGCUGACCACGUGGGCCAGAGCUUCGACUGGCAGAGUACCGCAGCAGUGGGCGUGCUGAAGGCUGUGCAGUUUGGGGAAUGGAGUGAGCGUCCGAGGAUAACCAAAGAUGUGGUGUGUUUCCACGCAGAGGACUUUAACAAUGUGGUCCAGAGGCUACAGCUGGAUCUGUACGAGCCCCCUGUGUCUCAGUGUGUCCAGUGGGUAGACGAUGCCAAGCUGAACCAGCUGAGGCGGGAGGGCAUCCGCUACGUGCGGGUGCAGCUUUGUGACGACGACAUCUACUUCAUCCCCCGUAACGUCAUUCACCAGUUCAAAACUGUCUCGGCAGUCUGCAGCCUGGCCUGGCACAUCCGCCUCAGACAGUACCAUGAGGAGAAGGACUGGGGGGAACACGCCCAACACAAGCCCAACGACCAGAGCACAACAUCGGGUCAAUUCUUCUUAUCCUCCCCCUCCCCGGCCCAGCCGGAUGCCAAAGUGCCGCACUGUGCCGGUCUGCAGGCACAGACAGACACGACCCAGGGAGGGGUGGCCAAGACUGAGGAAUCAGUGUUUCAGAGGCCUGCUACUCCACCUAGAGAGCCCCGGCCAGCCCGUCCUCAGCCUGCUAAGUCUGCUCACCUGCCCCCUCCCUACCUGGGCAUGAGCCCCCUGCCACAUGUCUCCUCUGGUCCUGGUUCUAACCCCUCCAGCCUAGAGCCCAGGCUUCCACAGCCCCUGGUCUGGCCUCCCCCUGGUCGAGACUACAACUCCCCGCGACCCCACCAUGAUGUACAGCGUCACUGCCCCACUGACUUCCUCAAAUGACCUUCCCUCCCCUUUACUCCUUUAGCUGCUUUUGCUACCCUCUAAGGGAGAGCAGUUUAUUUCAAGGAAUAUGACUAACUUUUUGAAUUUCUUCUCUUUAAAUUAUUCAGAUUAUAAUGUAUUAUUUUUAUGUGUAAAUGCAGUAUCAGAGACAAUCCUAUACGUUUUUUUUCUCAGCCAAAGUGUGAAAAGUAAAUUUAGAAACAUUUGUCAGAAAAAAAGUGUCCGUGUUUAUAUUUGUUAGUAUCUGAAACUGAGGUCCCUCUGGGGAGUUUCCUAACUUGCUUCGUGAGUUACCAAGGCAACUCGCUUUGCCAAUCGAGAGAGACUACCAAGGUGUAUAUCAUGUACAUUGCCUAAUUGGUUUUUAGAGAAAAGUGCCUGCCACCCGAAGAACAGCAAUCAGUCUCAAAUACAUUUUUUAAAUGUAUUCUUAGGCUAGCGUUCUUGAGACUUUCUGUAAUGGUGAAUGUACAAUAGAGUUUUAAAGAACUGUGGAAAUUCACAUAUAAGAUAUUUUCCCGAGUUGUUCGUUAUUUUUGUCUGUGCUUCACAAAUGCAGAGUUGGCCUGAGUUUUUGUAUUGGAUUGUGGAUUCAUUCAUAUAUUUUUUUAAAUGUGUAAUUAAACAAUGAAUGGCAUGUUCUGGUGUUUGACACUCAGAUGUUGAUACAGUACAAUACUUUAUGUCCAAAACAUUGUCCAACUUUCAGCCAUUUCUAUCGAUGUUAUGCCAUGUUUUAAUGUUUUUCUACUGUCCCAUUUAUUUUCUACUGUCCCACUUUUACACAUUUUACAUUUAAGUCAUUUAGCAGACACUCUUAUCCAGAGCAACUUAGUUAGUGAGUGCAUAAAUUUU